UGAAUCACUGAUGACGGCUUGGGACCUGGCGGCCCCGUGGGCUCCUGGGGAGCCACUGAGGAGGGUGGCAGCAGCCACUUUGGCUCCAGGGAACACCUGCAGACAUAAAUAGGGUGCCAGUGAAGGCAGAGCAGCACAGUCCACAGAGCAGCACCGCACACUGUGCCCACCUGCGCCAGGAUGCCUGAUGCCAUGCUACCCGUCUGCUUCCUCGGCCUGCUGGCCUUCAGCUCUGCUUGCUACUUCCAGAACUGCCCGAGGGGCGGCAAAAGAGCCAUGUCCGACCUGGAGCUGAGACAGUGCCUCCCCUGCGGCCCCGGGGGCAAAGGGCGCUGCUUCGGGCCCAGCAUCUGCUGCGGGGACGAGCUGGGCUGCUUCGUGGGCACGGCCGAGGCGCUGCGCUGCCAGGAGGAGAACUACCUGCCGUCGCCCUGCCAGUCGGGCCAGAAGCCGUGCGGGAGCGGGGGCCGCUGCGCCGCCGCCGGCAUCUGCUGCAACGACGAGAGCUGCGUGACGGAGCCCGAGUGCCGGGAGGGCGCCGGCUUCCUCCGCCGCGCCCGCGCCAGCGACCGGAGCAACGCCACCCAGCUGGACGGGCCGACCGGGGCUUUGCUGCUGCGGCUGGUGCAGCUGGCGGGGGCCCCCGAGCCCGCCGAGCCAGCGCAGCCCGGCGUCUACUGAACAGCCCGCCUGUCCCGUCCCCCGAGAUCCACAAAUAAACCUUCUCA